AAGGAGAGCAAUAAACAAUAAUCUACAAGACUUCUUUUUCUUCACGGUUUGGAAUUACUGGAGAUGUGCCAAAAGUACGGAGUAGCGCGAUCCAGCUCGAGCGGCCGACAAAUUCGAUCCGGGUCGCCAUCUCUAAUCAGAAGAGAUUGCUAUGAAAUUAGGCAGCUAGACACUUGCAGACAAAGAGUCCUGCAAUUUGGAGUCUGCGGUUUUCUUGUAUAAUCGCACAAACUCGAAGAAGAAGAAGACGAAGAAGAGACAUCUGGUUCUGGGCUUAUUCGAUUUAGGGUUUUUUUAUUCUCUGCUAGCAGGGGGGCGCCAUGGAUUCCCCCCCUGGUUCACCUGGCUUCGAUAUUUUUGGUUUCUAUAUGCGCUAUUCUGACAUAGUGGCUGGGAUAUGGGCCAAUGUGAAUGCCAGUGAUGAGCAGCUGAAGGCUGGAUAUUUUAAAGAGGAACUGUUAGAGCUCCUGGAAUUGGUGGAGGAGGCAAAAUUGCAUACGAGGAUUUCAUUGAUGGAUGAAAUUUACACGCUUAUGUUGCAAUUAGAUUUGAAGGCAGACUUCUCUGAAUUCUCGCGUUUCUAUGAUUUUGUGUUCUUCUUAUGCCGAGAAAAUGGUCAAAAGAACAUUUCUGUGAGAAGGGCUGUUAUGGCAUGGAGGUUAAUUCUAGAUGGAAGGUUUCGAUUACUUCAUCAAUGGUGUGACUUUGUUGAGAAAAAACAGCGACAUAACAUAUCGCAGGAUACAUGGCGCCAAGUAUUGGCUUUCAGUCAUUGUGUACACGAAAAUCUUGAAGGAUAUGAUCCUCAAGGAGCAUGGCCAGUAUUGAUUGAUGAAUUCGCUGAGCACAUGUAUAGGAUCCGUGGAUCGAAUAGUUCUUCUACACAGUCAGCCUGCAACUGUGGCGAUUCAGAUGUCCAUAAAGCCGACGAACCAGUUUUUCGCGGAUUGAAACUGUGUCCUGGCUUCAAGAGGAAGUCAUGCGACGACCUACUAAAAGAACAUGGAAACGAUGCCAGUCCAUACUUGUGGGAAGAGAAUCGGGCGCUUGAUUUGGAUAUGGGGAAGUAUAACAACUUGCUGGGGCACUCGAAAUGUGCCGUGGAGGGGUCUCUCUCCAAGGGGUUCGCCGGGCUAUUGUCAAACGGACCUUGUUUGCAAUUCGAGAAGAAGAGCAGAGUGUCCUUCACAUGAGGGGAAGUAUUUUAUGGGACGGACUCUUGGAUAUUGCUUGUAUGCUCUUGUUUGCCUUUAGGGAAAAUUUUG